UGACAAAAUUUCGGACUUGGUUUUUGGAUUAUAAAACAAAUUAUAUUCUUCAAAAUUAACCAACCAAAUUGAUAAGCAUGUUGUGAGAAGAAGGGGUGUCCAAAGAGACCAACUAAAUAGACCAGCUUAAAAAUGCCUUCUAGAAAAUGUUAUUGUCCCGUCACCCACGUCAUCUUCGAUUGCGAUGGAACCUUGAUAGAUAGCGAAGUAAUCUAUCUAAAAACCAUCCAAGAGAUUUUAGCUCCUUAUGGCAAAACUUAUACCCAUGCCGAUCAGGCUCGCCAUUUGGGAAUGCCAUUGGAUUCUUUUUCUGACGUCAUCGUGAGGGAAUUGAAUUUGCCAAUAACGAAAGAGGAGUUCGCCAAAACAUUCGAAUCAAGUACCUUUAAAAAAAUGGAAAAUGUGCCGCUGCUUCCAGGUGUUCUGGACUUAGUUCUCCACUUGCACGAAUACCGCAUACCCUUCUGCAUUGCCACAAGUUCGGCGAGGGAACUUUUCAAGCGGAAGGCCAAGCCACACAAGGAUAUUAUGCUGGCCUUUCAUCACGUCGUCUGUGGAGAUGAUCCUAGAUUGGGAAUUGGCAGGGGAAAACCCCAGCCGGACAUCUUCCUUCUGGCCGCCUCGAGGUUUAACCCCCCCGCGGAUCCCAAGAAGUGCCUGGUAUUCGAGGAUGCUCCGAAUGGCCUAAAAGCUGGUGUUGCAGCUGGUUCUCAGGUGGUCUUCAUACCCCAGGUCCCAGUGACCAAGGAGCAAAGAAAGGGCGCCAGUUUGGUCCUCAAAUCGAUGACGGAAUUCAAGCCCGAGCUAUUUGGCCUCCCCGCCUUUGGCAACUGCUCCAAGUUCGAAUUUGGCUGACUAGCAGUCUGAAUUUAUCCCUCAAAAUUGCUAGAUCUUUAAAAAAAUAAAAUAAAUCAAAAUUAA